AUGUGGACCUUCCCUGGGAGAACUGAAUGUAUUCUGUGUCUGUCUUCAGCCUUAUCAGUGAUGGCUCUGCUCAACCAUAACCAGAUGCCCAGGCUUAAUCAGACUCACUUGACACCUUUCCACCUGUUGAUACGCACGGUGGGUCUGAGAGCUGAGGGCUCACAAUUCACACUGGAAGGUUUCCCAUUCCAGAUAAUAUCUGGCACUAUGAACUACUUCCAUUUACCCAGGCAGUACUGGAGAAGCAGCUUGCAGAAAAUGCAGGCCUGUGGCUUCAACACCCUUACCACGUAUAUUCCUUGGAACCUCCAUGAGCCAGUAAUGAACCGGUUUUACUUCACUGAAAACCUGGACUUCAUAGCCUUUAUAACCAUGACUUCGGAGGUGGACCUCUGGGUCAUUCUGUGUCCAGGCCCCUACAUCGGCAGUGACUUAGACCUUGGAGGCUUGCCCAGCUGGUUACUCAAGGAUCCAAAAAUGAAGCUGCGAACAACUUACAAGGGCUUCACUAAAGCAGUGAAUUGGUAUUUUGAUCAGCUGAUUCCCAAGAUAGCACAAUUCCAGUAUAAAAAGGGAGGCCCUAUCAUUGCCAUGCAAGUCGAGAAUGAAUAUGGCUCAUAUCAUAUGGAUAGAAAAUAUAUGUCAUAUGUAAAAACGGCCUUGGUGUCAAGAGGGAUCACAGAGCUGCUCAUGACUGCAGAUGAUGGUCUGGAACUGAGAAGGGGCCACUUGAAAAAGGUGCUGGCUACUGUCCACAUGAAGAAUAUACAGAUAGAAACAUAUAAGGAGCUUUCUUCACUUCGGGGUAGCAGCCCUAUAUUGAUGAUGGUAUAUACAGCAGAUUCUUCCGACACAUGGGGUACUGCUCGCCAGAGUCGAGAUCCACAGAUGCUGAUGAAGGAUGUGUGUGAGAUGUUCAAGAUUGGGUUCUCCCUCAACUUCUACAUGUUCCAAGGUGGCACCAACUUUGGUUUCACGGGUGGAGCUCAUUCUUCACAAGGUUACCUCCCUGUGGCCACCACCUAUGAUUACAGUGCACUGCUGAAAGAGAAUGGAGAAUACACACCUGAGUACCUUGCAUUCCAGCAAUUUUUUCACUCUGUCAGAGAGGUUCCCAGGUACCUUCAACCAAAAUCUACACAAGCGACUGCCUAUGAAUCAUUGACAUCACUACAGUUCAUGACCUUGUGGGGCAUCCUGCCUUUUCUGGACCAGCCAAUCAAGUCUGUCAAGCCACUCUCAAUGGAGCAGCUGCCUGUGAACCAAGGAAAUGGCCAGUCCUAUGGGUACACGCUUUAUGAGACUGUCAUCUCCACUGGGGACCUCCUCACCUCAAGCAGCCAUAUUCAUGAUCGGGGGCAGGUGUUUUUGGAUAACAAGUAUAUAGGAGUCCUGGAUCAUUCAAAGGAUCAGCUGUCCAUUGUGAAAAAUCAAACCAAGAAAAAUCGCAUUCUGAGGAUCCUGGUGGAGAACCAAGGCCGGCUUUCUUUUGGGCCUAAUAUCAACAAGGAGAGAAAAGGUUUAACUGGGGAUAUCUAUCUGGACAAUUAUCCAACGAGAAAAUUUAAAAUCUGCAGCCUGGAAUUGAAAAGUGCAUUCAUACAAAGGAAAUUUCCUAGCUUCUGGAAACCAGUCACAAAGAAGAUUCAAGGCCCUGCCUUUUUCCUCAGUUUUCUGAGAACUGGAGAUUUUCCCCAGGACACCUUCAUAAAAGUACAGGGCUGGAGAAAAGGUGUUAUAUUCAUCAAUGGACAAAACUUAGGACGAUACUGGAAUAAAGGCCCCCAGGAAACCCUCUACAUCCCCGGCCCCUGGCUUCAUCCUGGAAUUAAUGAGAUCAUGAUGUUUGAGGAAUUGGAAGGUGGACUAAAAAUUCACUUUUCAAGAGAGGCUAAACUAGGUAUGGCAUGCUAA